GACUCUCUCUCAUCUUUGAUCUUUCCAAAACAAAAGUAUUAUUAUUAUUAACAUCCCAAAGCUUCAUUUGAAACCCAAAGAACAACUCUCCCUGGUUGCUUCUCUAACAACAAAACCUCCUCUCUAAUUCCAAUUCUUCCCAUCCUUGUCAAUACAUUUACCACACACUCACGCACAUAUCUUUCUUGCUUGCAUGCCUCUUGACCUACCCAACUUUUACUAGUACACCCUCAUGACACCACUUCCUUGAAAUAUUUCACCACUCUCUAGCUAAUUAUUUCUCAAAAUUGGAUUAAAAUUGAUGGACAAUUAUCACGGUGAUCUCACUGAUAUUAUCCGAGCUGGGGGUGGUUCGACGAGUGGAAACCUAGGCACCACCACGACGACGACCUCGGGUGGUACUGCUAUGACUGACAGCUGGCAGUUCCAAACGGAUCCGAUGAGUUUUGAUGAUUUUGGUCACCCUUUUUCCAGCCUCAGAGAUCCACUUCUCCUCGCGGAUCCGGUAGAUAUGUCAGGUGGAUCAUCCAGCUUCUUUAGUAACUCCAACAGUCUUGAUCAAGAUGAUACUGCAGGGUUUUGUGGGAAUAGUUUUAUUGGCAGCAACUUAGAUCAUCAGCAUCAGGAGAUGAAGAAACCUAGUAGCUACUAUUCAAGGAUGCUUCAGAUCUCCCCGAAUAAUUCAAAUUUAUCGCGCGAUGAUUCACCUGUCAUGGUUGCCUCGCCAAGGUUACUGAUUCCUUCAUCUACCUUAAUUUCAUCAUCUAAUGAUCAUAUGAUUAGUCUUAACAGCUCCAAAGCUGCUAAUAAUUGUUUGGUCGACAACACCGGCCUUCAGAUCUCAUCUCCGCGAAAUACGGGCAUUAAACGAAGGAAAAGUCAGGCAAAGAAGGUAGUUUGUAUACCAGCACCUACACCGGUGAAUAGCCGGCCUACUGGAGAAAUAGUCCCAUCUGAUCUCUGGGCUUGGAGAAAGUAUGGACAGAAGCCUAUUAAAGGAUCUCCAUAUCCCAGGGGCUAUUACAGAUGCAGCAGUUCCAAGGGUUGUUCUGCAAGAAAGCAAGUGGAACGAAGCCGAACUGAUCCUAACAUGUUGGUGAUCACAUACACUUCUGAACAUAAUCAUCCAUGGCCGACUCAAAGAAACGCGCUGGCAGGAUCAACUAGAACUCAACCUGCAUCCAAGAACAGUACUACUACCACAGCUUCAAAGACUUCAACAGCUGCAGCCUCUUCGUCUCAAAAUCCCCUCGAAGUAUCGAACAUGAAGGAAGAACUAAAGGAGAACAAUGAUGUUGAUAAUAUGUCUACGUCUCCCACAAAGUCAUCAGCAGUUGUGAAAGUAGAAGAGCAAAUAACUGAUGAUCAAGAUAAGAAGCUGUUGACAGAAAUGGAAGAUCCUGAACAAUUUACGAAAGGGUUUCCUCCUUUCGAGAGCUAUACACCUACAUUGCCCGGAGACUCCAUGAAUCAUAUUCCUGAUCAAGAUUUCUUUGCAGAAUUAGGAGAGAUUGAGUCUGAUCCUCUUAAUCUCUUGUUCAUACAAGGUUUUGAUGAGAAAUUAGAGAGUGACAAAACCUUGGAUCCAUUCACUUUCUAUGAUUGGACACGGAACACCAAUAACAAAUAAUGUGGUGAUCAAGCUAAGAGCCAGGGGUUUAUAACAAGACCCUGAUUAAAGCACAGACAUUCCUUAAUUAAUCUGUACUCCUAAUUAAGUCAUAUUAUAUGUUAUACAUAGUUUUUGGAUGUGGUGCAAUUUCAUGGUCUUGUUAUAAACCUUGAUGUGUGGAGAGAUUUUUUCCCCC